UUUCUUUCACACGUAAAUGCAGACUGCCACAAUACUUGCAUGAUACAGGCUUUCUGCUCAGAUAAAAUCAUGGUCAAAACAGUUGCUAUCAUUGGAGCUGGAAUUAGCGGUUUGGGAGCUAUCAAGGCAUGUGUGGAGGAAGGUCUUGAGCCUACUUGUUUUGAACAAAGUAAUGAUAUUGGAGGCCUCUGGAGGUUUACUGAUGAAGUGGAAGAUGGAAGAGCUAGUAUCUACAAGUCAUUGGUAACCAAUGUUUCUAAAGAAAUAAUGUGUCUUAGCGACUUUCCGAUGCCGGAUGAUUUUCCAAACUUCUUGCCACAUCACAAAUACUUUGAAUACAUUAAGCUCUAUGCAGAACAUUUUAAACUGUUGAAAUACAUCAAAUUUAAGACAACCGUUUGCAGAAUAGAGAAGCAUUCUGACUUCCUCGUCACUGGGCAGUGGUUAGUUACCACAGAAAACAAUGGAGAAAAAAAGACAGACAUAUUUGAUGCCGUUAUGGUUUGUACUGGUCAGCAUGUACAGCCUGUGAGGUCCUUUAACAACCUUCCAGGUAUUGAAAAUUUUAAAGGCCAAGUACUGCAUUGCCGAGAAUACAAGACACCCAUUGGGUUUGAUGGAAAACAAGUAUUAAUAAUUGGAAUGGGCAACACUGGAGUUGAUAUCGCUACUGAAUUAUGCACAAGAGCCUCACAGGUAUAUCUCAGUUCUAGACAAGGGGUAUGGGUUAUUAAACGGCUUGGAAAAGGAGGACUUCCUUUUGAUUUGGGAUUUAUAUGUCGUUACUCCAACUGGAUGAACAAUAUAAUGCCAGCAGCCAUGUCUCGAUGGAUGACAAGGAGGUUCAUGAAUAACCAAUUUGACCACGACUUGUACAACAUACAACCUGAGGGAUCUGUAUGGAAAGAGCCUUUAGUGAAUGAGGAACUUCCAAGCCGUAUUUUGUCAGGAUCAAUUAUGAUCAAGUCACAUGUUGAAAGGUUCACUGAGACAGCAGUCCAUUUUGCAGAUGGUUCUGUUGUGGACAAUCUUGAUGUCGUUUUGCUUGCCACUGGCUAUGACUACAGUUUCCCUUUUCUGGAUGAAUCUAUUGUUAAAAAGGAGGACAGCAAAGGAUCUUUGUACAAAAAAAUAAUCCCGCUGGGAAUUGAAAAGCCUACAAUAGCAUUCAUUGCAUUCAUCCUUCCAGUUGGGCCAACUAUGGUUGUCGCUGAACUUCAGUCUCGAUGGGCCAUUAAACUUUUCAAGGGAUUACACAAACUUCCAGACUCUGAAGGGAUAGAAAAAGAAAUGCUAAAGGAUGAACAGCUCAGAAAGAAAAUGUUUGCAACAGCUGAAAAUAAUUUUCGGCGUACAGAUUACAUCACAUACUUGGAUGACAUAGCCUCCGAUAUCGGAGUGAAAUUAAACAUAUGGAAGUUGUUCCUAACAGAUCCAGUUUUGGCAUGGAAGGUUGUUUUUGGACCCUGCAAUUCUUAUCAAUUCCGUCUGACUGGUCCAGGAAAAUGGGACGGAGCCCGAGAAGCAAUUUUUACCCAAUGGCACCGAAUUGAAAGGCCCCUAAAAACAAGGGUAGUAAAGCUAAAUCCAAAAUCUGAUUUAGUACCUUGGGGUUUGUUACCUUGUAUCGUUUUCAUUGGAGUUUUGUUUUUAGCUGUUGUCCUAAAAUUCUAAUAUGAAAACUUAAGGGGGGUUAGCUGAUCCUGUAAACACCCCCAUACAGAACAUACUUACAUGGUUCCGAUACCUGCGUCCCUCCGUAUCCCUGCACGGCCGCCACUGCAUCUCCCCGUCGUGCAGAUCACAACAUCAGAGGAAGGCGGUGUUGCAGCGAAUAAUAGACUGCGACGGUGACCUGUCCCCUUGGUGACCUGUGCACCCGUGACACUAGGGGAGCAGGUCAACGUCGCAGCCUGCUAUUGGCUGCACCCCCCCACCCGUUGCCCGAUGUUGUAACCUCAGGGAUGGGGAGAUGCAGUGGCGGCUGUGCAGGGAUUGGAGGGACGGAGAUGUUGAGGACCAGGUAAGUGUGUUUUGUUUGAGGGACCCGGGCAUUUUGGGGGAUGUUUAUAGGAUCAGAUAACCAACCCCUUUAAACAUUGACCCACAUUUACUAAUACAAUCUAAGUGUAAUGCCACAUGUCCAGGUUUCUGACUGCAGUGUUAGAAGUCAAAAUCAGAAGUGGACCAUAAAAGGAUAGAACGUAUAAAGGACACUCCUGGUUUUGGCUUCCAAAAGUGCAUAAAGAUACCUGAAUAUGUGUUUACCCUAAUAGUACCCUUUUUGGCACAAAUUGCACCAGAAAUCAUGUUUUUCUUCCAGGCAAUUAUCUGGAAGAAACCAAACACUUCCAAUAAUUGCCUGAUCAUGAGCGGAGAGAUGAUGACAUUUAGUUGGGGAUGAACGAUCAUUAUUGUAAUCCCAAUUCUCAUGCAGAUUCAUUGGUUGCUGGCAGCACAACCCUGUUUACAUAGGGCAAUGUGCUGCCAACAAACAAUGAUUUUAUGUGACGCAUGAAAGAUGAUUGGUGGCACAUUUAAAUGGAGCAAUUAUUGGGAACAAGCCAACCAACACUCAUCCCUGAUAAUUGUCCCGUUCCUUGAUCCAUGUAAAAGGGCCCAUAGGCUCUAUUCACACUUGUGUUGGUUCUACCAAAUUUCUAAUACAUUUUGACAGACAAAAUGUCAAUGCUAUACCUUAGGAGGUAGUAAUUGACUCUUGCUCAUAUAUCCAGGACAGUUCUGGGAUACUCCUCAAAGAGCAGAGACAUAAAGGGACAUAGGAACACAUUUAUUAAGACUGGCAGUUUAGACGCCAGUCUUAAUAAGCCCUAUACCGGGUGGUGGAUCCACUGGAGCUAUGAAGAGGCGCCAGCUUCUUCAUAGCUUUAGCGUAUCCAGCGCCGCUUCUUAAUAUAAGACACCUUCUUAGCUGUCUUGCAUUUAGACCUUUUUUCUACGCCUGAAUCAGCCAUCCCCUUCCCUGCCCACACCACACCCACUUUUUUAGACCUGGCGUGAGCAGGGUGGAGUCGUAAAUUGCGACACAGCUAGCUGUUGCGCCGCAAUCUGCGCCUGAAAUACGCCUAAUUUAGGUGUAUUUCAUCUUGAUAAAUGACCCCCAUAGAUCAUAUAUGGGAGUUUUGCCCUAGAGUGCAUAGUCUUUAGGUGCAUGUAUACUUUCCUACUCUACCCCAUUAACUCCUUAAGGACCUUGCCAUUUUUCACCUUAAGGACCAGGCCGUUUUUUGGAAACUAGACAUGUGUCACUUUAUGUGGUAAAAACUUCAGAAUGCUUUUACUUAUCCAAGCAAUUCUGAUAUUGUUUUCUCACAACACAUUGUAUUUCAUGAUGGUGAAA